AUGUCCGCGAUGAACGAAAAGACCGAGCCCGGCUUUGGCGAGGGCAACGGCUUCAAGCCUGAGGGAUCCGUCGACUUGGAAGGACGGCGCGAUUCCACCAUGGUCCAAGGUCGCAAGAUGAGCAGAAUCGGUCCACCUCCGAAGAUUGGCUCUUUGCCCGACACCUCCUCGACGUCUGAUGAUGAGUAUGGCAAGCUGGUCGCCAUGGAGGCCAAUGAUGCCAUCAAGUAUCGCACUUGCUCCUGGCAGAAGACUGCUGCUUUGCUCUUCUCCGAGUAUAUCUGCUUGGCAAUCAUGUCAUUCCCGUAUUCGUACUCGGUGCUGGGCUUGGUGCCGGGCCUUAUUCUCACCGCCGUUCAAGCCGCAUUCGUGCUCUACACAUCUCUGGUAGUCUGGGAAUUCUGUCUGCGCCACCCUGAGACCAGAGAUGUCUGUGACAUCGGACAGAUGCUGUUCUGGAACUCAAGAUGGGCGUGGUACUUUACGGCCGUCAUGUUCAUCUUGAAUAACACCUUCAUCCAAGGGCUCCAUGUGCUGACUAUUUCGCGCUACCUAAACACCAUGAGCGGGCAUAGCGUUUGCACCGUUGGUUUUGCGGCCAUUGGCGCCGCUGUCUCCUGGCUCUGUUCCAUGCCGCGCACCUUCAGUGCUCUGUCGAAACUUGCCGCCUUUUCUGCCUUUUUCACCUUCGUUAGCGUUAUCCUCGCUGCUGCAUUCGCCGGCGCAGAAGGCAAGCAUGGUACGGCUGGCUACAAUCCGGAUCCCAACCACAUCAACGCAAAUGGUGUGAAACAAGGCGGUGAGCCCCUUGUUCUUGCAGUCCCAUUGGCUGGGACGACGUUUGUUUCCGGGAUGAACGCUUUCCUGAACAUCAGCUAUACGUUCAUCGGACAAAUCACGCUGCCUAGUUUCAUUGCCGAGAUGAAGAACCCUUAUGACUUCCGCAAGGCGCUGUGGCUGGUUACCAUCUGCGAAAUCAUUCUGUUCAGCCUUGUUGGUGGAAUUGUAUAUGGCUACACCGGCACCCAAUACAACACGGCGCCCGCCUUCGGCAGUCUGGGCAACGACAUCUACAAGAAGAUCUCCUUCUCGUUCAUGAUCCCGACGCUCAUCUUCCUCGGCGUCUUGUACGCUUCGGUCUCGGCGCGCUUUGUGUUCUUCCGCCUCUUCGACGGCACGCGACACAAGUCCUCGCACACCGUCGUGGGCUGGGUAUCCUGGGCCGCCAUUCUGGGCUGUACCUGGGUUUUGGCGUUCAUCAUUGCCGAAGUCAUCCCCUUCUUCGCCGAUCUGCUUUCGCUGAUGAGCAGCCUGUUCGACUCCUUUUUUGGAUGGAUCUUCUGGGGCGUCGCGUACCUGCGCAUGCGGCGCGCGGAUCUGGGUCCCGGGUUCUGGAGAAAGAGGGGCAUUCGCGGGUGGAUCGGAUUCCUGGUCAACAUCUUCAUCAUUAUCGUGGGCGUCUAUUUCUUGGGCGUGGGCACUUAUGCCUCCGUCGACAGUAUCAUCCUGGACUACCAGGCCGGCAACGUCCGCGGCGUCUUCACCUGUGCCGACAAUGCCGUCUAG